GGCUUUCCUUACCGGCUGCUGGUGGAGUGUUGAUGUGAGCGUUUGCGGAAGCUGAGGGAGCUGUCAGGAGGCUGAGCUGAAGAGUUAGUGUUAAACAUGGAGCUGAACUCAGAGCCGCUCAAAAAGAUCCUGUCUAAGUAUAAAUUUCGAGAUGUUGCCAUUGAGGAGCUUCAGAAACUUAACCGUGUUUAUCCUGACAUGAAACUGAAGACUGGUUCUUACACGUUUAGUGACAGCACUCAAAGGGACCUGCUAAACCUGGUUGGCAACAUCCCAGUCAAAUACAAGGGACACUCUUACAACUUGCCCAUCCAGUUAUGGCUGUUGGAUUCGUUCCCCUUCACACCACCCAUUUGCUUUCUACGGCCCACUUCCAACAUGAUGAUCAGAGAGGGCAAACAUGUGGAUGCCAAAGGCAGAAUCUACCUGCCUGGCCUACACAACUGGGACCAUCCAAAAUCAUCUGUAAGUGUGCUCUUGGAGGAGAUGAUUGCUAAGUUUGAAGAGGAUCCUCCAUUAGGCAUGAAGUCUACAGGAGAUGGAAAAGAUCCCAAUGAGCUGCUCGCUUGUGUGUCGCAUCUAAACAUCACUGAAGGGGGAAAUCGACCUGAUAAGGGUGUGAAUAAAGUCUCUGUGAUAGGAGGAGGAGACCUGGGGAUGGCUGCUGUGUUGAGUAUCAUGGCAAAAAGCCCUGUGGACAAACUGGUUUUGAUUGACAUACCAGAAAGUUCAACCAAGGGUGGUACAAUGGACCUAGAGAUCUUCAGUUUGCCAAAUGUGGAAGUUUCAAAAGACCUGUCAGCCUCAGCAGGUUCCAAGGUGGUGGUGGUGACUGCAAACGCUUGGAGUGAGGAGCAGUCGUAUGCAAGUGUGGUGCAGACUAAUGUAGAUAUGUACAGCCGCAUCAUCCCGAGCCUGGCCCGCCUCAGCCCCACGGCAGUGCUGCUCAUCGUUUCCCAGCCUGUGGAUAUAAUGACGCAUGUGGCUUGGAGGCAGAGUUGUCUGCCGCCAACACACGUGAUUGGUGCAGGCUGUAACCUGGAAUCAGAGAGACUCUCUUAUGUCCUCAACAUUGCUCUACUGGCCAACAAAUCCGACAAACAGGCCUGGGUCAUAGGAGAGGUGUCCGACAACAAGGUUGCUGUAUGGGGGAGUUCAGGAACAAGUGUGGACAAACAUCAAGUGCUGGCUCCAGUGACCAGCUCCACAAAGCCACUAAUAGAGAGGGGGCUGGAGAUGUUGAAAGGGAGAGGUCAGAGGUCAUGGUCAGUGGGACUGUCCAUCGCUGAUAUCACUCACAGCGUUCUCACGGAUCAAAGGAAAACACACUCCAUCACCACGCUGGCUCAGGGAUGGGGUGGAAUUGGUUCGGAGGUGUUCCUCAGCUUACCUUGUGUGCUGGGAGCGAACGGAUCUACCCGCCUGGCAGGAGUGGCUCUUACACCAGAAGAUGAUGCCAAACUGAGGGAGAGCGUCACAUCUCUAAGCAACUUCUUCACGCAAUUGAGAAUAUAGCUACAAAAACCCCUCUGAGACACCAGCGCUGCUGCAGUGCAGUAACCAAUCAAUCAUCAUAUGUUUAGAGGGAUUCAUGAAAAUAACCUCAUUCAGUCCCACAGCCUCUGGCUGAGUUCAAUACUAUAAAAUUGCAAUCUUAGACUGCAUGGUGCCUUCUGAUAAAACAAACCUUUGCCAGCAUGUAAAGUAGGCGACCACAAAGAUUGUGUGUAGCCUUGUGCUGUCUGAAUGCACUGCAUUACCAAAGGUGACACAUACACAAAUAAACAUUCCAUAACCCAGUGUUUACCCACCUUGGUUCUUAAGGCACCCUGCCCUGCGCAUUUUAUAUGGAUACCCUGCUUCUGAUUCCUCUGCAACUCAGGAAAAAGGUUUUGCAACUCAGGAGGGCUUGUGAAUGUGAGAGCUGGAAAAACACUAAAAUGUGCAGAGCAGGGUGCCUCCAGGACUGAAGAAUACUGAUAUAAACUGAAUAGACAUUAGUGUCAUCACUCAGAGGGCUUUAUAUAUAUUUUCCAUCAAAUAAAUUAAAGUUGCUUCAAAUGGUCCUUUGAGCAAUGCCAAAGAAAAAACAUACUAUACUAUACUAUAAUAUUAUAUACAACUCUGGAAAAAAUAUAGAGUUUAUUUGAUUUUACUAAAUUGAAAACCUCUGGAAUAUAAUCAAGAGGAGGUUGGAUGAUCACAGCCAUCAAACCAAGCAUAAAGUUAUCCAAAAGCAGUGUGAAAGACUGGUGGAGAAUAUGCCAAGAUGCAUGAAAACUGUGAUUAGAAACCAGGGUUUUUCCAUCAAAUAUUGAUUUCUGAACUCUUAAAACUUUAUGAUAUGAACUUGUUUUCUUUAUCUCAUUAUUUAAGUCCUGAAAGCUCUGGGAUCUCUGCAUUUCUCAUUUUCUGCAAAUAAAUGCUCUAAAUUACUUUUUUGGGGGGAAUUUGGGAGAAAUGUUGUCUGUAGUUUAUAGAAUAAAACCCU